AUGUCGUCAUCAUCAUAUAACACAAGCGUUGCUCCUUCAUCAUCCUCCUCUGCUCAGCCUUUCUUCAUCACCAGUUCCGGCGCCGGCGAUAACGACUAUAACCGGAAAGAUACUUUUAUGUCAAUGAUUCCACAACCUAACUCCUCGGCUCCACCACCCAAGAAACGAAGAAACCAACCUGGAAACCCAAAUCCUGAUGCGGAAGUGGUAGCGUUAUCUCCAAAGACACUAAUGGCUACGAACAGAUUCGUAUGCGAUGUAUGCAACAAGGGGUUUCAAAGAGAACAAAAUCUACAGCUUCACCGAAGAGGACACAAUCUCCCAUGGAAGCUCAAACAGAAGUCAACCAAAGAAGUGAAGAGGAAAGUGUAUCUUUGUCCGGAACCCACGUGUGUCCACCAUGACCCGUCACGUGCUCUCGGGGAUCUCACCGGAAUCAAGAAGCACUAUUACCGUAAACACGGAGAAAAGAAGUGGAAAUGCGAGAAAUGCUCUAAGCGUUACGCUGUUCAAUCGGAUUGGAAAGCUCACUCUAAGACCUGUGGUACCAAGGAGUAUAGAUGUGACUGUGGUACCAUCUUCUCUAGACGUGAUAGUUACAUUACGCAUAGGGCUUUCUGCGAUGCAUUGAUACAAGAGACUGCAAGAAACCCUACCGUGAGCUUCACGUCAAUGGCAGCUGCUAGCAGCGGCGUCAGCUCCGGUGGAUUGUACGGGAGACUCGGCAGUGGCAGCGCUCUCUCGCACCACCAUUUGAGCGACAAUCCAAAUUCCGGGUUCACCCCUCUCACGGGUUACAAUCUGAACAUUGCAUCGUCUGAAAAUAGCAGAGAUUUUGUUCCUCAAUCGUCAAACCCAAACUUCCUAAUCCAGUGCUCGUCGAGCCAGGGAAUGUUGACUGGACCGCACAACAAUGAUCAGAGUUUCAUGAACCAACACGGUUUAAUCCAGUUUGACCCAGUCGACAACAUCAACCUCAAGAGUAGCAGCACCAACAACAACUUCUUCAACCUUGGAUUCUUUCAAGAAAACACCAAGAACUCGGAGACAAGUCUUCCUUCUCUAUAUAGCACCGAUGUUCUUGUUCAUCACCGUGAAGAACACUUGAACGUGGCUUCUAGCGUGUCAGCUACGGCACUGCUUCAGAAAGCUACUCAAAUGGGUUCAAUAACAAGUAACGAUCCUUCUGCUUUGUUCAGAGGCUUAGCUCCUUCGUCUAAUUCGUCAAGUAUGGUUGUUAAUGAAUUUGGCGGAGGACCGGUUAUGGGGAACGAUAAUAACGGUAACUUUCAAGGUCUAAUGAACUCACUAGCGGCUGUUAAUGGCGGCGGAUCCGGUGGCAAUAUCUUCGAUGUCCAUUUUGGAAACAAUGGAAAUAUGAGCGGCUCGGAUAAGUUAACGUUGGAUUUUCUUGGAGUUGGAGGAAUGGUGAGAAAUGUGAAUCGCAGUGGUAGUGGUGGUGCUGGAGGUGGUGGUGGUGGUGGUGGCGGUCAUGGUCGUGGUGAUGUUUCUUUGGAUGGUGAAGUGAAGUUUCCGGAGCAAAAUCAUCCAUUUGGAAGAGGUUGA